GCCUGAGCCUGAGCCUGAGCCUGAGCCUGAGCCUGAGCCUGAGCCUGAGCCUGAGCCUGCUGAAGCUGCUGCAUGUACUGAGCUUGUUGAAGCUGCUGAUCAUACUGAGCCUGUCGAAUCUGCUGGGCAUACUGGGUAUACUGGGCAUGCUGAGCGUGCUGAGCGUGCUGAGCGUGCUGGGGCUUAUCGGGAAUCUGAGGGGAGAAUCGCUGGGGCUGCUGAGGCGGGUGCUGGCCCGGUUGGUAUUGCGAGUGAAGAAUCUGAUGGGGAUGCUGAGGUUGACGAGGUUCCUGGGUUUCCUGUUCCUGAAGUUGGCGGGUGUGGACUUGAUGCGGCGACGGAAAAUUCAGAGGCGACUGGUCCUGCUGGCCCUGGGGGUGCUGAGGCGGCCGAGGCAGCUGAGGCAGCUGGUAGUUGACGUAGUAGGCGGCCUGGUUCUGGGGCCAUUGGCAUUCGGAUCGGGGCUGUGGUGCUGGCCCGCCGUGUCCGAUCGCGAUCGCUUUGCUCCCCGCUCCAUGGUGGUGAGAGACUCGAUUGAGAUGUUAGACUGCGAUGCCAUGAGUCAGGUAUUUUGCGGGUUGACGUUGCAGACAAAGACUGCCGAGAGAAAAUUUGUGCCCUUUUGCUUCGUCGUUUCUUUUUUUUCUUCCUUUUUUUUGCGGACCACGUUUACGUCACGCGCUAGUCUGGAUUAAGGCUGCUCGCAAACAAGACUG